ACCGACGGACGCCACCAGCAGAGCCGAGCCGGCGGCGGGGGCAGCUUGGUCGACGCCACGGCCGUGAUGGGGGCGGGGGGAUCCUGGCGCUGGGGUGGCGCGGUCUGCGGCGGGCUGGUCUACUACCACUGCGCGGUGCGGCGGGCGAGCGCGGUGUCCCUCGCCGCCGACGUGCUCCUCGUCCUCCUCUGCUCCCUCUCCAUCCUCGGCCUCCUCUUCCGCCACCUGCACAUCUCGGUGCCUGUGGAUCCUCUUGAGUGGCAGAUUUCUCAAGAGAUGGCAAAUAGUAUAGUUGCGUCCUUGGCUAACACAAUUGGAGCUGCGGAGUCUGUAUUGAGGGUGGCUGCAACUGGACAUGACAAGAAACUCUUGUUCAAGGUGGUUCUUACUCUGUAUUUCCUAGCAGCUUUGGGAAGGGUCGUCUCAGGCGCUGCUAUUGCCUAUGCUGCUCUGUGCAUCUUCUCCCUCUACAUGUUCGCGCAAAGCACCGACCAGUUUGAUCAGCUCCCUUGGGUUCCUUUAGGAAGAGACUCGCUGGGCGGCGCCCAGGAUACCACAUGAUUUCUUCAUGUACAUGUCUUGCCGUUGCCGAUCCUUUUAUUUCUUCAUUGUUCGAGUUCUGCAUAUGGCCAUGGAGGCCAAUAGCUUGAACCGUCCCCAGUGUUGUUUUAAGAUGAACACUGGUGCGCCACGUGUGCAGCCAUGUGCGUUCCCUUUUUUUAAAGGGGAGAUGAAUGUGACAUUAAUAAAAAAGAAGAGGGCAUUCACACAAGCAUAGUAGGGUGAGCAGCUAGAGAUUUUUAUCUCCCUGAGUUACUCUCUUAGAUCCAAAAUAACUGCCGUGGUUUUAGUUCAAAUUUGAACUAAAACCACAACACUUAUUUUGGAUUGGAGGGGGUGUCACUUAAGGGGAAAUGGCAGUCCACAAUACACCAUGAUGGUUCAACAAGUAGUAGCAAUGCAAUUUUACCCUUUGAAAUUGUUAGAUGUAAAACAAGAGACAAGAGACAGAGAUGUAAAAGUGAACAGUUGUUCUCUUUA